AUGAACUUUGUAGUUCGUCUAGUUGUGUGUCUCAUAUUCACGCUUACAAUUACAUCUGCAGCCCGUAACUCUGUCUCCGUUUCAGGCGUUGUGAAGAAUGGAAUCGAAAGGAGGUUGUUGAUGGUGAACGUCGAGGAUUACGGUGACCCGUCUGCGAACCCAAAACACGAUCCCGGCGUUCCUCCGGCCACCGGCCAACGCAGUCCCGGCGGCAGAGGCUGA